AUGGCCGAUGGAGAUGCCGCCAGAGACCUCGAGCAGCUCCUCGCCCGCUCCAUAUCGCGCCGCGCCCAGCGCGUCAACGCACCUCUGGGCUGCAGCCCCUCCUCCCGGGCGAGCGCCGAGGGCACGGACAACGCGUUGUGCGCGUGUGCGGCGAAGAGCCAGAUCGCGAGGACUGGGCAGCAGCGGUCGCGGUCGAGCGAGCCCGGGGCCCCGCCGGACUACCUGAUUCAAAAUCCUAGUCCCGCCACCAUAGAUAUGGAACUGGCAUUCGAUGAUGAGGAGCUGGAGGACGAUGACAGCGAAGACGAGAACUAUGAGGUGGCAGGGGUGGAGCUACGUGGACCACGGUGGGUGAGGCCGCACCCACCCAACGAUGAGGACGGGGACAAAGACGACGGCGAGGACGACGAAGAAGAAGUUGACGACGACGAAGAAGAUGACGAAUCUGAUGACCAUUGA